GCCAUGGGUACUACCGUACUGCAACGCCCGUCUUGAAAAGGCUGCCAACGAUCGCGCGGUGUUCUGAUUUCGGGCUCAGAUGAACGCACGUCGUUCACCUGUAUCCUACGUGCUGAGAUGACGAGCAUAGCAGUACGAAGGGCUGCAAGUCCAUGGAAAAUAGCAUGCUCAUAGUUGAAUUCACCGCCUCCAUGCGCUUUCGUUGCUUCCUUCUCGCGCUUCUUUUGGCGCUUGUCGCCGCCGUGGAAAAAAUGCCUGGCGAGUACGAGCCCAUCAACGGCCCGACGCCGCUCAUCAUAACGAUGGGCGACUCGAUUACCGAGGUCGGCGCCAACCCGGCCUUGAUGGGGUACCAAGUCAUGCUCACCAACACGUACCAACGCAAAGCCGACGUGGUGAACCGGGGCAUGUCGGCGCGAACGACCCGAUGGUGGCUGAGCCAGCUGCCGCGAGUGUUGAAGGACUGGGAAAAUAAGCACCCGUCGCUCAUUUCGAUCUACCUCGGUGUCAACGACGCGUCGCUCAUCAAUGGCACGGACGCGGCGCUGCAUGUCCCGCUCGACGAGUUCAAGGCGAACCUCAAUGCCAUGGUGGGCUCCUUCAGUCAGGCAUUUCCCAACUGCAAGAUCCUUCUCAUUACACCCAGUGCCGUCGACGAAAGCACGGCGUGGAGUGUCGGGCGGUCGAACGCGGAAGCCUCCAAGUACGCCAAGAUGACGAAGCGCAUGGGUGGCUUCUUGGAGCUGCCGGUCGUCGACGCCUUUACGCCAACGUACAACGAUCUCACACUCUUCUACGACGGACUGCACCUCAACGCCCGCGGCAACAUCCUGCUGCACGGCCUCAUUCUCGAUACGAUCCGCAAGAACUUCCCGGACUUGAACCCCGACACGAUGGGCUGGGCCUUCUAAGUGCGAUGUCAUGAGCUCGUAUACGCAAAGUAUUUGGUCACCUGCGCACUAAGCUUAGUUGUUGACGCCGAGUCGUUGGCUCUAGUAGCAGCUCACACACACUACCGAUAUUUGCUGAAGA